GAAACGAAAAAAAAAAAAAGUUUGAUGCUCAUGACAGUCAUGUCCUCCUCCACUUCCUCUUCUGCAGUUGCUAGCACUGCUGCUACAAAUGUCGUUUUUGAGAUUGGAAAAUACAAGGUGGUGCUCCAAAGAGCUGAACCAGAGACUACAUGCAGCACCAAGUCCUCAAAUAUUCCAGUUCCACCUCCAAAGCCUCUUCUGAUUGGCAUGCCUUGUGAAGCUGGAGAAUUCCCUCUCUUGCUGCUCCUCCAUGGUUAUCUUCUCUCCAACUCUUUCUACUCUCAGCUUAUCCAACACAUCGCUUCUCACGGCUUCAUUGUCGUUGCCCCUCAGUUAUAUACAAUAGCUGGACCAGAUACAACAGGUGAGAUCAAGUCUACAGCGGCAAUAACAAAUUGGUUAUCUGAAGGACUUCAGUUCUUGCUUCCACCCCAUGUUCAGGCAAAUCUAAGCAAGCUAGCACUUGCCGGCCACAGUCGUGGAGGCAAAGUCUCUUUUGCACUAGCAUUAGGGAAAGAAGGAAACACUGAUCGAAAGUUUUCAGCCUUAAUAGGCGUUGACCCAGUUGAUGGAAUGGACAAAGGGAAACAAACCCCUCCACCAGUACUAACCUAUGUUCCUCAUUCAUUUGAUCUUGAUAUGGCAGUGAUGGUGAUUGGUUCUGGUUUGGGUGAGGUGAAAAGGAACCCUCUGUUCCCUCCUUGUGCUCCAAAAGGUGUUAACCAUGAGGACUUCUUCAACGAAUGCCAAAAACCAGCAUGUUAUUUUGUGGCAAAGGAGUGUGGUCAUCUUGAUAUGCUGGAUGAUGAAACCAAGGGGAUCAGAGGGAAAUCUACAUACUGUGUGUGCAAAAAUGGGAAGUCAAGGGAACCCAUGAGGAAGUUUGUUGGAGGGGUUGUGGUUGCCUUCCUUCAAGCUUAUUUGGAAGGUGAUAGUAGCCACUUAAUGGCUAUAAGAGAUGGGCUUGAUGAGACUCUGCCGGUAGAGCUUCAAAUUGUUAAAUUUAAUUUGUGAAGUUUAGGAGCUGUGUUCAAAAGGCAAUAGAAAAAGAUUAAGCUGCAGUUUCCCAAAACAAAAUUAAUUUCUUUAUAUAUGUUACUUGCUCAGCUUGCUCCAUUACAAAUCUCAC